AUGUCGACCAUGAUGAACUCUUUCAGAGGUGUCGCCAGGGCUGCCGCCCGCCAGCACGCUGCUCGCCCGAUCACUCGGCCCCUCUCAACCACUCCAAUCUUUAGAUCCAAAGAGCAAGAAGGCCGAAUCCAUCCCAAUACCGAUGGCUACAGAGAAGACCAGAAGAAGAAGCCUGAAAAUCCACACAUGACCAACACCAAUUCCACGUUUCACAAUGAAAUGCCCAAGAUUGGCGAGGAUAAGGCGCCGCCGGAGUUCAUCAGCUCGGUCGAACCCGAGUAUGUUCCAACCGACAAAAGACCUGAAAACACAGAAAGGAUGACUGGUGGUACACAAUCUGGUGAUCCCAGCAAGGUUAGCCUCUCUGACGACCUUGCUGUUGGCGAGAUGGAGGGGGCGACUUUCAAAGUCGAACCCCUUCGUCGCACAGGAGAAGACACUGCCACCAUGAGGGCUAGAUUAUUAUACCAAAGCAGGAAGCGGGGGACACUAGAGUCCGAUCUGCUCCUCUCCACCUUUGCGAGCGAGAACCUCUCCAAGAUGACCAAGGCUCAGCUUGAGCAGUACGAUCUUUUCAUGGACGAGAACGAUUGGGAUAUCUAUUACUGGGCUACACAGUCUCCUGCUGGGACACCGACCUCGCAAGAGACGGCCGAGGGCUCAGUCGAGAAGGCGCCUGCUCAGACAGAUGCGCAAUAUCUCUCACCAGCGAAUCCUGGACAGACUCAAGCAACGGAUGCUUGGAGGCAGGGUGCGCCUCGCAGUGGGGAGUGGGCGCAGACAGUCGGUACUUUUAAGCCUGCAUAUCGUCCUGUACCGGCGCGUUGGCAUGGCAGUGAGAUUCUGCGUUUGCUAAGGGAGCAUGUUAGAGCCCGCAGUGCAGGAGGUGUUCUGGAGGAUGUCGAUGUGCCGGCGAAAGGUAGCGGGAUGGGAAGGAUGCCAGAGCUGGGCCGCCCCUUUGAGUAG